CGGGCCCGGCCUCGGCUCCUCCGGAGGAGGCGGUGCCGUCCCGGGCCGCGCUCGGCUCCGCAGCCCCGCGGGGCCGCCCCGGUGAGUGCGGGGGGUGAGGGUGCGAGGGGUCCGUCCGUCGGGGGUCGCGGUGCCCGGGGGUGCAGAGGGAUGUGCGGGCAGGUCGCGCCACUGUGUCCCCACGGCCCUGGCGCGUGCCAAGUCCCUGUGUCCCCGCGUCCCCGCGCCUCCUGGCAUCGCCCGUCGCCGCCGCUCGGGCCGCGGGUGCCAGGCGGUGCCGCGGGCACAAAGACAUCGCUGUGCGGCGGGGACAGAGCCGGGAGGGAGCGCGGACACCGGUGGGCUGCGGGGGGUGCAGCAGGGCUCGGCAGGGAUGGAGAAGGGGUGCAGGACACGAAGGGGGGGUGCAGGGACUGGAGAAAGGGACAUAAGGGAGAGGUGGGGUGCAGUGUCUAAAGAAGGGGUGCAGGGUCCCGAGGAGAGGUUCAGGCCUGUCGGGGGGUCUGGGGUGGGUGCCCAGCUGGGUGUGGGGGGUCCCCAGGGAUGCUGAGCGGGGCUGGGCAUGGGGAGGGGGUUUGGGGUUUGCUCCCGGCGCUGGAAGCCCAGCCCAGGAAAUUCUUCCGGGCAGCCUCUCAAGCCCCUCUUUGUGCUCUUGGGAUUUUUGACAUUCCCGGCGGCUGCGGACGGGGUGCCGGGUGCCGGACGGGGUGCCCGGUUCCAGAUGGGCUGCCCAGCUCUCCCAGGCUGUGGCGGGAUGGGCGGGAUGGGAUCUGCUGUGGAUUUAGGGGAUGCGGCUGCACAUUCCCACCCAUCCCAUCGGAGCCAAGCGCUGUGCCACUCGCUGGGGUGCCACGGGGACCCUGUGCCACCCCCGGGGGAUCCUCAGCGCCCUUCACCAGCGUGGAUUUGCUGUGGGGUGAAGGACUGGGGCUGCUGGGUGUCGGGCGCUGCUGUGGUGAGCAGCAGAACCCGUCCCUCGCUGCCACAUCCUCCCCUCCAAGCCCUCAGCUCGGCUCUGCCAGGCCACAGCGCCGGCCUUGCUGCCAAGGCGUCACCGAUUUCCUGCCUCGCUCCAGCUCCUGGGAGCGACCUUGGCUGUCUCGGCUGCACCGCCGGGUGCCUGGGACCCCCUGGCCCGGGGGAGGAAGCCGCCAGCCUCGGGGCGCAGGAGGAAGCGGCGGUGGCUGCUGUCACCCUGCGAGGACCUGGGUCCCCUCCCCGGAAGGAAAGCGCUGCCGGCGCUGGGGACCCUCAGGGUGCAGCGGGGACAGGGAGGCCCUCGCUGUGUGCUCUGUGGGUAGGAGCAGGGGGGUCCCCUCCGCCCCAUCCCCUCGGCGCCCGGGAUCGCUGACACCUCGCUCCUGCCCACCCAGAGCCGCCGCUGCCAUGCCGGUGACGGUGACACUGCCCGGCCCGGCGCCGUGGGGCUUCCGCAUCUCCGGGGGAAGAGAUUUCGGGAAGCCCAUCACCGUCUCCAAGGUGACGGAGCACGGGAAGGCGGCCGCGGGUGACCUCCGGCCGGGAGAUGUCAUUGUCACCAUCAAUGGGGAGAGCACGGCUGAGAUGCUCAACGUGGAGGCGCAGAACAAGAUCAAGCAGAGCCCGGGGCAGCUGCGGCUGGAGGUGCAGAGGUCCCCGGUGCCACCUGCCAGCCACACCAACGGGGACACCUCCCCGGAGAUGCUGGCCUCGCGUUUCCAGGACACGCUGCAGGUGCCGAGUGGGAGCCGAAGCGCCCCGAGGACGCUCGACCCCAGCCUGGCACCCCUCACCCACCCGCCUGGCAGUGCCAGCUCACAGCCCUUGGAGCAGGAACUCACCUGUCCCGGCCUCCCCCAGGAGCGACGCCUGAGCCGCCAGAGCAGCUCCCAGGGGCCCGUCCUGCCUCCCCCCCCGCGCCCACCCUCCCCGGAGCUCGGAGCCCCCCAGAACCCCUGGGCAGCCCCCAGGGAGAGGCGCCUCUCCUCCCCCUGCCCCAGCCAGGGCUCGGAGCCGGCCAUGAGGCGCUUGGAGGAGGACUCGGAGGUUUACAAGAUGCUGCAGGAGAACCGGGAGCUGCGGGCGGCCCCGCGGCAGUCCAGCACCUUCCGCCUGCUCCAGGAGGCGCUGGAGGAUGAGGAAGGAGGAGCCCCCGCAGCCCCCUUCCCCAGCCGGCUCUCGGCCGGGGCCCGCAAGCCCGUGGCCGGGGUGCAGAAGCUGCACGUCUGUGAGAAGUGCGGGAGCAGCAUCGCGACGCAGGCGGUGCGGAUCCAGGACGGCCGCUACCGGCACCCGUCCUGCUACAGCUGCGCCGACUGCGGCCUCAGCCUCAAGAUGCGCGGCCACUUCUGGGUGGGGGACGAGCUCUUCUGCGAGAAGCACGCCCGCCUGCGCUACCAGGGACCCCCGGGGGGCCCCCGGCCCGUGUCCCCCCGCUCCUGAGCCCCGGCUGCCGGUCACCCCGCGUCCCCCGGGCUGUCCCACCCCAGGGCUGGCCUGGGGGCUGGGGGCGCUGCCAGGCUGGGGACGGACGGGAUUUGGGGGGGAUGCGGGGCAGCCGCCCCCUUCGUGGCUGUGUGUGAUGAGCUGGGUGAGUUCUCAGCCCGGGGGACACCGAGGGGACAUUGGGGCGGGGUCGCUUGAGCACUUGGGUACCGGAGAGGGGCUGGCACGGCUUGUGCACUGACUGCAAAGGGCUUCUCCCAGGAAUUAAAGCGGAUUCUCUUUAAAUAUAA